AUGAUCUUGGACAAUCUUUCGACUUCGAUAGAGUACACAAUACUUUGCGAAAACGAAACCGCACGCGAAUGGAGAGAAAAGGGCUUUCUUCUAUGGCUAGAAGAAAAUGGGCAAUAUAAAAGACAAGCGGACAAAAAUAAGGACUAUUUCUCUCUUCAUCAGAAUAAGAAUAAAGAAAACUCAGUUAAUUUUGAUGUUAAUUUAGAUUCAGUUAAAUUUGAUUAUAACGCAAACUCAGAAAAUCUUGAUGCAAGAUGUUGA